AUGACUGACUGGAAUGUCGAUUUGGAUAACAAAAGACGUUUGAUCUGUCAAUGUUUAUGUCCAUGUUUAAUUGACGGAACACUAAACGAUGUUCGAGACGAAAACCUUUACUCAGAAGAAGAAGAAGGAAUAUUCUCAACUUCUAAAGCUAGAGCCUUAUCUAACCUCUUGUUUUUAAAAGACGAUGUAUUUGAAAUUGAAGCAUCAAAUUUGUACGAGAAGAAAGCAAUUACAUUACAACCAUGGAACAGUGAACACAACUUAAAGAAUCGACAUUGUGAAGAAUUUCAAUCACCAUCUCAAGUCAUAAAGAGAUAUUUACAAGAUGAAGCUAAGCAAAUCAAUCGUUAUGUCUUGAUGACUAUCUUAUAUAACGUUACCGGACCUAUAGUAUGA